AUGGCUCGUGGAGGGGUUAGGGCUGCCACACGCGACUCAGACGCGUCAAUUCUGGUGCGGUGGUUAGGUUGGACUAUAGAGAGUGGAUGGGAGCUUGUCGUUACGGAGGUGUGGUGUAAGCUUCAUGGAGCGAUUCACAAUGGUGCGGUGGUUGUGGGAUUGCUGAGGGAGGCCAAGGUGGCUCGCGGAGGGCUAGGGCUACCAUGUGCGGCUUAG